CUCGGGGAGAGGCGGGAAAUCGGCGGAAAAAUCAAAUCCCGGAGUCGUCGGAGAAUAACCUGAGCUGGCGCUGCGGCCUGAUCCCGCCGGGAAACCGGAGAGCCGGCUGGCGGUGGGGAGGAGCGGGCGCCCGUUGCCGCCCGCAGGACCCAAAGCAAAUGCCGUGAACAUUGGACCCAAGAUGCAAAGGAGCAAAGCAGGAACACAAGGGAGAGGUGUGAAGAUGAAACCGGGCCAGCCGACAGCGAAAAAUCUUCCAGAUAAAGCACCGACACAAAAGCCUUUUGCCGGUCGAGUGUUUUACCUGGACAUUGCCUCCAGACUGGUAGCUGAGAGACUAGAGAAAGACAUAAAGGAACUGGGAGGGACCGUUGAAGGAUUUCUUAGUAAAGAAAUAAGUUUUCUAAUAACCAGUAAAAAGGAAGCGAAGUGUACAAAGUCAUUGCGGUAUCAGUGUUCCUUGCCAAGUCCCGAACCUGCCUCGGGAAGUAGUUCUGCUAAGCCAAGUGCUCAUAGAGGAGAUGUCCAGGAUGGGGGCUCUAGGAAGAAACCGGAAAAGGAAGAUGUAAGCAGAGGGAAGUCUUUGCUUAAAAAAGUGAUAAAGGAACAGGAAAUUCUUCCAAAAAACAGCAUACUGGCCAAUGCAUUGAACUGGGGAGUUCGUAUUUUACACUUGGAUGAAGCAAAAAUCUAUAUAGCUCAAAAGAAGAGAUCUUUGCAACCGGAACAAGCAGAUGCUCCUACAAAGACUGUAGCGAAACGCCCAGCACGACGGAAAGUAAAGGCACAGAAACUGAAGAUUCCAUUCAUCAAGGUGGAAGACAGCAGCUGCCAGUACAGACCCCUCUAUCUGGUGUUACCCUUAUUCCGAUCAUUUCAGUCUCCCGCCUCUAAGCAUUGCCGUCCUGCGGAUAAGAAACCUGCUGCUGCUCAAAAAGGGACGGAAACUAAGCAAAACUUAAAUAAGACUUGGCAUGGGCAAGAAGAAGGAAACCUUUCUCACAAUAAAUUAAAGGAGCAGAAAAAACGUGGAUACUGUGAAUGCUGCCUUCAGAAAUAUGAUGACCUGGAAGCUCACCUUCUGAGUCCACAGCACAAGAACUACUCUCAGGGCCCCCACUAUCAAGAUGUGGAUAAUCUUAUUACAUUAUUCGAGUUCGACUUUGUCGACUGGUCGAAAUGUAGACACGAGACACAAGGGUCUGGAUUAUUUAUUCCGGCUGCAGUAAAACAGGAGGAGAAAGAAUUCCCGCCGCAGAUUAACCAUGUUCCUACCAACCCCUCUACUGUCCACAACCUGGAGUCUGGUGUGGUGCAAGAAACAGAGUCCACAAAACCCCCGGAUGCCGCCUGUUCUCUGGUCAAUAAUCUGGUUUGUUAUUCAGAACCAAUGUUUACCACUCCCUGCCCUCCUCAGUCUAUGUGCAGCAUUACCUGCGUGACGGACUCCUUCUCCAAGCCGCUCAGCUCACAAGUCAUUACACCCACGCAUAUGAGUGUGUCCCCCACCCAAAUCGCCGAGCCUAUGAACAUUUCACCAGAUCAUAAUGGGAGUGUCCCAAAAGACUUGAGUCCAAUGGAGGGUGAUUUUAAAACCUUAAUAGAAGUGGAACUGUCGGAAACUGCUGACAAUGAGCAACACUGUGUGGCUGAGCCUGCAAACUGCUGCCCGAGUAAAAGACUGAAAAUGGACGACUCAUUGGUGGAGGCUAAUAGCGUGUCUGCAGCGCCACCAAUGGUAAAAACUGGACCUAGCGAGGAUUUGGAAAAGAGUUGUCCUUUGGGGCAGUCAGAUACAUGUUGCCACCUACCUCAAAGCUCGUCACCCAGUAAAUUGCACAGAAAAGUAAAACAAUUGGAGCGGAAGAAGCCGGAGGAGCUUCCCUGUAAGGUGUCUGUCCCACUGGAGGAUUGUGACAUCAGCUUAUCCAAAGAAAGACUUGAAUGUUUAUUUCAGAGCAGUGACCUGCAGACAGAGUUUUUCGGAUUCUCCUGUUGCUCUGCAGAGGAUCUUAAAUGUACAGAGGACAUGAAGGAGCAGUCACUUCAUAGACUCGAUCUCUGGUCAUUAUUUGCAAACACUGAUUCUUCAGCCUCUACUUUUAAUGGCUUUUAAUGUGUUGUUGUUUUUUUUUUGUUUUUUUUUAAUGAUUUUAUGCAUAUUUGUAAAUAUAUUUUGCAUAUGGACUCCCUAAAAAAAAAAAAAAUGAUCUGUUAAAUUUUUAGAGUUCUUAGCUUUUCUGAGAAAAAUCAUUACUUGUG